GCUUCGAGUUGCGUCUGUGCUCCUGGCGCUUCGUCGCCGAAUUGGUGUGGCUCACGUCGCCGGUGACCUUCCGGUGGCCAGGGGCGUGACACCGCGCUGCCAGAUCCGGCGACGUAUCGACUGUCACGGUAACUAGUCUCCAGCCGGGGUCCCAGCCGAUGGGCGCCAGCGGGCUCACCGCGGUCGUCGUGCUACUCCUCGCCUCGGCGCUACUCCGUGUCCCUGCCUCUGCAGGUAGAAGCCUUCUGGAAGGCGAGAACCCCAACUCCGGCGGCGAGGACGCUCCUGCACCUACCGUUUCUGGGAAGUCUUCAGCUGCGGGGCAGCAGCAGGCUGAGAGCAAGCGGCAACAGAAUUCACUGGCACCACUGCCAUCUGCAUCAUCACCGCCGCCGCCGCCACCCACACAGGAGACGAAUUCGCACAAGGCAGCCAGUCCUCCCCCAGGAGGUGGAGCAGGACCGAAUGGCGGGACGGACCCAGAGGACACGGGAAGUCAGGGGAGGAGGAUGGGGACUGAUAAACUGAAGGAGGCGAUGGAGAAGUGUGAUGCCUCGCAUAAGUGUUCCUCUGGAAAGGAAUUUUCUGCCUGCCUUCAGGUUUCUGAGGACGCAUCAGUUGGGUCAUAUAUUAUUGUCAAGAAUGAAGGCCAGCAUGACAUUGACAUUAAUGUCAAAGAACCGUCAUCAAAUACAGAUAAUGAUAAGAAGUCUCUACAUCUUAUCAAGGGUGCCUUUGGACAGAUGAACAUAACAUAUACCACUUCAGAUGCUGGGAAUAUUACUUUAAGUGAUGGAAAGGUAGACUGCAUCAUACAUGUUGGGCAGCCAGUAGAGAGGAAAUCGGUUUAUGAUUUGCAACAACAGUUUCAGCAGCUUACAGCCUAUGCAAUGCGUUUGAAUCCAGCUUAUGGAGCCUCUUUUUUUGUUUUCACUGUUGUUUUGGUUGCUGUUGGAUGUGCCUGUUGCAAGUUUGCAAAGAGAAAAGGCAAUGAUGGUGUCCCGUACCAACAGCUUGAGAUGGGAGGUCAGGCACCAAACUCUUCGGGGGUGGACAACACCGCAAGCACAACAGAUGGCUGGGAAGACGGCUGGGACGAUGACUGGGAUGAUGAAGAAGCACCGGCAGGACCUGUGGAUAAAAAGCCUACGGGCAGUGUCUCAGCAAAUGGCCUUUCGUUGAGAUCACAGACAAAUAGCAAAGAUGGUUGGGAUGUGGAUUGGGAUGACUAAGCUCCUAAGAACUUGGAGUGUAGCUGUCAAAUGAGGGAGGAAGAUACUUCCAUCUGUCUGACCUGCAGGAAAGACAUCUACAGUUCGAAAUGAUGGAACUUAGUCUUGACCAAGUGACCCUUAUCCUGAGGUGAAGGAUUGCCUCACGCCCUCACUUCAUACGGUUUGUACAAUAUUGUUCCACCCCCCGUCUGAGUUGAUACACGAACUGUUAGCGGUACUGAUUUAGUUCUUUUCGGUUUGUAAUGGUACAGAAGAAUUGUCAGUAUAUAUAUAUAUAAAACCAAAGCACACAUUUUUAUU